AUGCUGUCGCGGUCCUCUUUCGCCCGCAAUGCGCCCCGUGCGCUCCAGAAGCAGUGCUCUGUCACCGCCGCCAGUGGCCGCCGUGGCAUGGCCUCUGCCACUCAGUUUGACGUUUCUGAGUCUUCUGGUGUGAAGGUUGCCAACAGAGAGACCGCUGGUCCUACCGGCACCCUGGCGUUGGUUGCAAAGGCCGGUUCCCGUUACCAGCCCUUCCCUGGCUUCGCCGAGGCCCUCGACGAGUUCGCCUUCAAGUCUACCCUCAAGCGCUCAGGAUUGCGGAUCACUCGGGAGGUUGAACUGCUGGGCGGUGAAGUUUCCUCGACACACUCUCGCGAAAAUGUCGUCCUCACGGCCAAGUACCUCGCCAACGACCUCCCCUACUUUGUGGAGCUGCUCGCCGAGGUUGCUUCUCAGUCCAAGUUCGCUGUCCACGAGUUGCAGGAGAUCGUGAUCAAGCACCUUAAGUACAGACAGCAGGCUUUCGCCGCCAGCCCCGAGGCUCAGGCUCUUGAUGCUGCCCACGCCGUGGCUUUCCACCAGGGUCUGGGAGCUAGCAUUACUACCUCCACCAACAUGCCCUUCGAGAAGUACCUUUCCGCCGACGCCAUCGCCGAGUACGCUCAGAAGGCGUUCUCCAAGUCUAACGUUGCCCUCGUUGGCACCGGUUCCAACUCGGCUGAGCUCUCCAAGUGGGUGGGUCAGUUCUUUAAGGAGCUCCCCAGCGCCGGUGGUCUCCAGUCUGCCGCCUCCAAGUACUACGGUGGUGAGCAGCGUAUCUCUUCCAAGGCCGGCAACGCCGUUGUGAUUGCCUUCCCUGGCUCCAGCGCCUUCGGUGCCUCCGGCUACAAGCCCGAGGCUUCCGUCCUCGCAGCUCUCCUGGGUGGUGAGUCCACCAUCAAGUGGACUCCUGGCUUCACCCUCCUGUCCAAGGCUACCCAGGGCUUCUCUCAGCUCCGUGCCUCGACCCAGAACCUCUCCUACUCCGACGCCGGUCUGCUCUCCGUCAGCCUCUCCGGCCAGGCCGACCAGGUCGCCGCCGCCAGCAAGAACGUCGUCGACGUUCUCAAGAAGGCCGCUGCGGGUGAGGUCGCCGCCGAGGAUGUCAAGAAGGCCACCGCCCUCGCCAAGUUCCGUGCCCUCGAGGCCGCCGAGACCCUCUCUACCGGUCUGGAGGCUACCGGCUCUGCUCUCCUUAACACCGGCAAGAUCGCCCAGCUCAGCGAGGUUGCCCAGAGCUUCGACGCCGUCACCGAGGCCCAGGUCAAGGAUGCCGCCAAGUCUAUCCUCUCCGGCAAGGCUUCCGUCGCCGCUGUUGGAGAUCUCCACCAGCUUCCCUUCGGCGAGGACCUCGGUCUGACCGUGUAA